CCUUGGUACUGCACGGGGCAAGAACACGCAGGACGCCACGGUCGUCGGCGACUCUGGCAGAGCUGCUCAGUGGAGGGUCGGGAUUGGAAUGGCGAUGGAAGCGGUCGAGGAGGAGGAGGAGGAGAGACGGCGGGUGGCGGCGAUGGGUUCCUACAGGGGGACGGUGCUGGCGAUGAGGGACGCGGCGGAGGAAAUCCUUCUGCUAUGGGCGUUCCGGCAGCCUUCUGCCAGGCCUCCCAACGCCUUCGCGCGCCAGUCGUCGCUUUCUCUCAAGAUCGAAGCAUGCGGCCACAACCUCAUCGUCCACCAGUCCCCGUCCUCGUUGGGUACACCUGGAGUAACUGGUGCUGUAAUGUGGGACAGUGGUGUCGUUCUUGCAAAGUUCUUGGAGCAUGCUGUCGAUUCCGGUUCACUCGAUCUUCAAGGAAAAAAGGCUGUAGAACUCGGCUCAGGAUGUGGACUGGUAGGUUGCAUUGGUGCCCUACUUGGAGCUGAAGUCAUUCUAACAGAUUUGCCUGAUCGAUUGAAACUACUGAGGAAGAAUGUUGAAGACAACCUGAGCCACGGUCAAAUACGAGGUUCUGCCGUAGUUUCUGAGCUCACAUGGGGAGAUGAUUUAUACCUUGAGUUGAUCGAUCCCUUACCGGACUUUGUAUUUGGAUCGGAUGUUGUCUAUAAUGAAGCUGCUGUCGAUGAUUUGCUUAUCACCCUCAGGCAACUAUCUACAAAUCAUACCACCAUUUUCAUAUCAGGAGAACUGCGAAAUGAUGUUGUACUCGAAUACUUUUUAGAAGCUGCCAUGAAGGAUUUUACAGUUGGGCAAGUGGAACAGUCCCAGUGGCAUCCGGACUAUCAGAACGAACGAAUAGUUAUUUUUGUUCUAGUCAAGAAAAAGUUUGUGGCCUAACUUGACGAUGGUCUUCAUUUUACUUUUUGUUCAGCCCAUGUUUUUCUUUCAUCUUCUCUCGCUUUGGAAGUAAUCCAUCAAUCAGCUAGCCUUCUUCAGCUGUUUGCAUUAAAACUAUAAAUAAGAGAAAUGCUACUUGAACAAGGUAUGUCAUGUACAAAAUACUAGUCUGCAGUUUUUCUGUUUUUGACCCCAAAAAACCAUAAUUUUGCCUCGAA